GGGCCCUCACGUGCCAAGCUGGCCAGGGAGAUCACGUCUGAAGAUGUGGCUGAGAGUGUUGGCCAUGACUUGUGCAGAGGCCCGGCGCUGGGCGUCGGGCAGAGGAGGUUGGAGAGGGAAGGACGUCGGCGCCUCGCGUCUCCACCGCAGAAGCUGCAGAGGGAGGAGCUGGAGGCGGAACGGGAGAGCAGGCUGCUGUGGGUUCGUCGCUGCAUCGAGGCAGGCGAGCAGGUCGUGAUCACGAUCUCUGUGGCGUCCGAUUCGCUCGAGGGCAACGCCAAGAUUCUCGUGAAGCACGGCUCUCAUCCAACAGCCGCGACAGUUCGGAGGUACUUGGGCGCCCAGAUCGCGACACUCAGUGAACUGGCUCAUGAGCAUGUAGUCAUGGAUCGCGGCCAUCGCCACGCUGGUGCCCAGCAGAGCGAGGCGGGCGCGGUCUCCGUGGCGAUCACGAUCCCCGUGCCCGAGGUCGACGACGUGGCCUGGACCCAUGGCAUUCUGGUCAGGGUGACCCCUGGUCUGGCGGAGGAGGUGUCGCCAUUCCAGCUGGGCAGGCUGCUGUGCAUGCCGGUUGUGCUCGUCCUCGUUCUGGCCCCCUGGAUGCAGUCAUUCUUGCCGCUGUUCUUGAGGAAGCGGGUUGUGCCGAUCCUUUCGGCGCAACUGCUGAAGGCAAUGCUGAUGAAGCUGUUCACGCCGGCCUUCUGGAGGCUGCCGCUCGUACCGAUCAUCGGGGUGAAGCUGGUGCGGAUGGCGCCGAUCCUGUUCGCGUUCUUCUUCCGACCCCCAGGCAGGAUCUUCGUGAUGCCGAGCGCGCCCUUGAACAUGAUCAUGAUCUAA